AUGCCCUCAGGUUGCGACUCCUCUGCAUCUAGUCGUGCUCCUUGCACCUCCUUGCAUUACGAGCACGAUAAUCACUACUACCAAGCCCAACAUGAAAACGCGAGAAAGUUCGUUCGAAUGGAGCCGGGACAUUUCUUGUGGGAGUUUCUGCCCGCACCCCAAGAUAUCCCGGCUUCUGAAUCGUUGGAAUCAGUAGAGGUAGCGUUCAAUUUGGCAGGAUCUCGUGAUCGUGAAGUGGACAUGUACCCAGACCUUGUGAAAGCUUUUCAAGCGUACUGUCCUGCAUUAAAAUUCUGUGAUACCCAUCGCGAUCCUGCAUACGCAGGGUAUGUGGUGAUCAAACCCGACAUUUCAAGGUAUCACCGAGACUCGAGCUCCGUUGCUCCUGAAGGACCAGCUGAGAACCAGAAACUAGCGGCAGUCAACCUUGAAGAAGUGGAAAUCAUCGUCGAGGUCAAGAUCAAACCUGGAGACGAUGCCUUCGCGGACGAAGACGGUUGGCCAUUUGAAGUGACUUCAACUCAAGGGCGAGACACUCGUGGACAAAUCACAAUGUACGCGAUUGCGCAACUCGCUGACCAACACCGUACCCAUUGCUUCUCUGUUCUGGUCGUCGGUACCUACGCUCGACUCAUUCGGUGGGAUAGAGCGGGUGCUGUUGUCACUUCCAAAUUCAGCUAUACGAGGACGCCAUGGUUGGCAACAUUCCUCCACAGGUACAACUACGCGAAUGCAGAAGUUCGCGGCAUCGACACUUCUGUGUACAGGCUCGAUAAUUUUGACGACAAGCUGAUUCAGAGUUUAAAACAGGUGGCACGAGAAAUGCUUGAAAUCCCCAACACCGAGCCGCUAUACGUCUUUGAGAUCUACGGCAAUACCACAGGCAACACUGCGAGAUUUAUUGGGUCCAGACCUUGUACCAGGAAGACCGGAUAUCUGACUGGACGAUGCACUCGCUGUUACAAAGUGUACAACCCCCAAAGUAAAGAGGUCCAAUUCAUGAAGGAUACGUGGGGGGUUGCUGCAGAAGGUGUCUUGGAGGAGGCCACUGUAUACUCAAAAUUGAGGGAUGCCGGAGUACGCAACAUCUUGACGCUCGUCGCAGCCGGGCACGUCCGUCACAGAGGAUCGCAAAACAUGCAGAACACGAAAACUCAGGACCAUGCUAAGCAGCGUAACAAUCGGCUGGAAAGUCUCCGCCAUUGUCGUCUGGUUUUCGAGGAGUGUGGGAAGAGCCUCCGAAGAUGCGAAACUGUCGGAGACAUGAUAUGUGUGAUGCGGGACGCUAUUAUUGCUCACAAGGAUGCGUAUGAGAAGGCAAAAAUCUUGCAUCGCGACGUCAGUUACGGGAACAUCAUCAUGUUGUGGGAUGGAAAGGGGGUUCUCAUUGAUUGGGACCUAGCCAAGUCCCUCGAUGAUCCACCCCCUUGUCAAAUUGAGGGGAACGGUACAUGGCAUGGCAAUUUAUAUCAGCGAGGUUGCUUAUGGCAAAGGAACCGACACCACACCUACUUGCGGACGACCUCGAAUCCUUCUUUCACGUCCUCUCAUUGCAGAUUUUGGAGUACACUCAGCACUCCUUGA